AUGGCUGCGCGCGCUUGCGUGCUUCUCUCCGCCCUUUGCGUGUGCGCAGCUCGCGAGUGUAUCGAAUUUAGGAUAUCCGAUAACAUCAUAACAAACAAUUUAUUCAAUGGGACUGUUUUAACACUAGACAAAAAUGAACCGCAGGAUCGUGAGACGGUCAAUUUAGUAGGGAUGUGGGAUAGAUUCCCUAAAAUUAUGGUGCCUAUGAAUGGAACAAGUCAAAAGUGCCGGCAUGACAGCCGGUUGUUUCUUAACAGCCUGGACCGAUUGGAGCUUUGGGCGUUAAAAAUGUUUGAUGCGACAGCAAAGCCUCCAUCCGGUAUAUUGAGUGGGAACGGCAACCAAUAUGGGGAUUUCGACGAAUGUUUGGGGAUCGACGGUCCCGUUAGAGGAAAAUAUUGUUUGGCUUCCUUGCAAGUCAGCUUAGGUGGAAGCAAAGAAAUGGAAAAUUUGGACUACCUCAUACACAGCGGCCAUUACAUAAGGAGUAACAUAACUGAUAUGGGCCACAGAGUGCCAAGGUACUCCAGUAUACUAUGGGGUGUGUGUAUACCGAGUUCCUGCAACAGUUUUGAUUUAGAAGACGAACUAAAUCAAAAACUGUCAAGCCUCGGAAUAUCGGUCAGAGUUCAAAACACGAUGUGCACAGUCAAAGAUUUUAGCAGACCAUAUUCUUUCGGUAAAACAUUAUCAAUAACAUUUUUCCUGGCAAUCUUACUUUUGCUGAGUUUGGGAACAAUGCUAGAUGACGGAAGAGAGGGCGGAACUAACUUCGAAAAGUUGCUGAACGCAUUCUCCUUAAAGCGUAAUUUUAAAAAACUUUUUGAUCUAACGGAUUCUCCGACGAGAGUUAAAGGAAUUGAUGCGUUCAGAGGAUUGAAUGCGUUCGCUCUGCUUCUUGCACAUAAGUCCAUGGCAAUGGCGCACAGCCCAUAUGUGAAUAAGACAAGUUACUCGGAGGUAUUUGGUAUGCCUUGGGCAGUGAUCGGGCGUUCUGCCAUAGUCUACACGGAUAGCUUUCUUUACCUCAGUGGCUUCCUCAACGCACACAACUUGAUGCAGGAACUGGAAAAGAAAGGCAGCAUUGACUUUAAAAACAGACUUCUGGUCAGGUGGUUCAGAUUAUUCCCGAUGUUUCUGAGCCUUAUGCUGUUUUGCACGUACAUCCUUCCUGACAUCAACAAUGGUCCUCAAUGGAACCUUGUGGUGGAAGAACAUAGUCGUGUCUGCGAAAAGAACAUGUGGAAGAGCUUCCUCUUUAUACACAACUACUUCGGCUUUGAGGAUAUGUGCCUAACACACACACAUCAAAUCGGCAUGGACAUGCAGUUGUACAUAGCUACCUUACCGCUCAUGUUCGUACUGUGGAAGUACAAGAAGCUUGGUCUAACCUUAAUAUUGGGAAUAUCUGUUGCCUCAACUAUCCUGAGGUAUCUCGCCAUACAUUGGUACGAUAUCAGCAUGUUCGUGUAUUAUGGAAUAUCUGUUCAGAAGCUUCUAGAUGCUGCUCGUUACUCAUAUAUUUUACCGACACACCGCGCAACGAUAUACCUUAUAGGAGUCCUCAUGGCUUACUUUAUAAAAUCAAAAAAAUCAUAUUUAAAUCUCAGUGAUAAUCAAGCCAGACUGGUAUGGGCUUGUAGUUUUGCGCUGGCCGCAUUCACAAUCGUUAGCCCUUACAAGAUGGGUCUAGAGGGUUACACGUAUGAACACCACCAAGCAGCCAUGUUCGCUGCAUUCACACCCAUACUCUGGGGUCUUUCUAUGUGCAUCGCCCACUGGUGUAUAUGCAACGAAUAUUCUGGAGUCGGGACGCCGUUUGUUGAAUGGCGUCUAUUUAAGUUCUUCAAUAAGAUCGCGUACGGCGUGUACUUGACCCAGUUCCCAAUAUUCUUCUAUAAUGUUGGUAUCCAGAGACAUUCGGAGUUCUAUACACCACUUCUUCUUACAAACGUACCUGAAAUCUUAGUCGUCUUCGUUAUUUCUAUUCUAACGACAGUGUCAAUUGAGAUGCCAUUCAACCAAGUGUAUAGGAUAUAUUUUGGUAAGUAUAAUAUUAUGACUUCUUGA